AUGGCCGGUGUUAAAGCUUAUGAAUUGAGAACCAAGUCCAAGGAGCAGUUGGAGGAGCAGUUGGUCGCCUUGAAGAAGGAGUUGGCUGAGUUGAAGGUCCAGAAGUUGAGCAGACCAUCUUUGCCAAAGAUCAACACUGUCAGAAAGAACAUUGCUCGUGUUCUAACCGUCAUUAACCAAAACCAAAGACAAGCUGUCAGAGAAUUGUACAAGGGUAAGAAGUACCAGCCAAAGGAUUUGAGGGCUAAGAAGACCAGAGCUUUGAGAAGGGCUUUGACCAAGUUCGAAGCUUCCCAGAUUACCUUGAAGCAAAGAAAGAAGCAAAUUGCUUUCCCACAAAGAAAGUACGCUAUCAAGGCUUAA